GUCACUUGUGAACAUGUGGAGUGUUGAUGUUUGUCUUCGUGUUUUGAAGAGAGUAUGCAGCAUGGGGAUACGUUACAUACAGAAUUAAGGAAGUCUUUCAGAAUUGUCGAGUUGCAGGAGAAGAAAUGGAAAGAAACAAUAGAAGCAUCGCUGGAAUCGUUGAAAUCCUUGAGCAACUUAUGUGAACAGUUGAGAAGUUGUCAACAAGUCAAGUUAGAAAUUACUCCCAUGAAGAACUUCACUGACUUGAAGGAAAGGCUCCAAUAUAAACUAACCAUUUCCAUGGAAAUUGUUAUGGAAAAACUGCGCGAUAGGCUGGAAAUAUUAUCUGAAGUCCACAAACAAAUUGAUAAACAGUACUUACGAUGUAUGGAGCUUUACCAAAGACAAGCAUCGAACAUUGGCAUUGACAGAUCUGUUGAGAGAUCCUCAACUGAACCAUCAAUAGCCGACAUGUUGGAAUGGUUACAUGAUAUUAACCGAAGUAUAACACAACAAUACAGCAAACGUAAAUUUUUAUUAGAUUUUAUUCAGUAUGAGAAUCUGGAAUAUGUACAGAAUCUGUCAAUGGAAUGGGAGAAGUCUGGCACUAUGCAUGAUCAGAUUGGUAGUGCACUGGCUCAUGUAACCUUCUUCAUGGCAGAAUAUUCAAUCAGCUGAUUCAGAAAAAACAAAAUACUCAGUUUAUUAUUUUUUUCAAUUUAAUGUAUCAAGUAUUUAUUAAAACAGAAUAGUUGUUACAAU